UGACUCACAUUUACCAAGAAUGGUCACACUAGAAUUUAGCUUCUUUCCGCAUUGACAGCUUUUUCCGGCUUAGUUAUCUGCUGCAAAUCUUAGCUCAAAAUUGUCAUUGUCAUAUUGGUCCAGGUCAGAAUCUUGAGGACUUAGUGAUAAAGCAGUGCAACGGAUGGUGAUCGCUAUAAACGUUUGGCCAAGAUGUUUAGUAGAACACAAAAAUUGGGGCGCCUGCGCUCUUUGGGUAUUGUAACGGCGGGUGCCACAGCAGUUGUUGUGGGUUUGACGGCGUAUAAUAAUCAAAAUCAUCUUUUUCGCACAUUUGUGAUGCCGGCCGUGCGUUUCCUUCCUGCAGAGGCAAGCCACAAACUAGCAGUGAUGGCGUGCAAAUAUAGGCUGUACCCGACAUCGGAGUAUCAGGACGAUCUUAACUUGCACACCAAGUUCUUUGGUCGCCUGUUGGGCAACCCCAUUGGCAUUGCUGCUGGUUUCGAUAAAAAUGGAGAGGCAAUUGGCGGAUUGCGUGACCUGGGCUUUGGCUUUAUUGAGGUUGGUACGGUAACUCCACACGCACAGGAAGGAAAUCCUAAGCCUCGGGUUUUUCGUCUAAACGAGGAUAAGGCGAUAAUCAAUAGAUAUGGGUUCAAUAGCGAGGGUCAUCAAGCCGUUUACAAUCGUUUAAAAGAGUUACGUGAGAAGGAGGACUUCAAUGGCAUUGUAGGUGUCAAUUUGGGACGUAAUCGCAACACUAGAAGCCCCGUUAGUGACUAUGUGGAAGGCGUAAAAGUGUUUGGACCCGUUUCAGACUAUCUCGUAGUAAAUGUUAGCAGUCCAAACACCAAAGGUCUGAGAGAUAUGCAGGGAAAAGAGAAACUAUCUGAGUUGUUAGAGGCAGUCAACAGUGCACGUGCGCAGCUAGAAAAAAACAAGAAUGUACCAAUCCUGCUAAAACUCUCUCCUGAUUUGCAUCCUUCCGAUAUGCAAGACAUUGCCUCGGUGAUAAAGAAAAAAAAUACACGUGUGGAUGGUCUUAUUGUAAGUAAUACGACAGUGACCCGGGAGAAUCUUCAGGAUUUACAGUUAGCAAAAGAGAAUGGCGGCUUAAGCGGUCAACCCCUUCGUACUCGCUCCACCGAAAUGAUUGCUCAAAUGUAUGUUUUAACUAACGGCAAAGUCCCCAUUGUCGGUGUCGGUGGCGUGUCAUCUGGCCAAGAUGCCUUUGAGAAGAUCGAAGCAGGUGCUUCAUACGUACAACUCUACACUGCUCUUGUCUAUGAAGGUCCAGGUCUUGUAGAAGACAUUAAAGAGGAUCUGUCAAGUCUCAUCAAGCAGAAGGGAUUUUCAAAUGUACAGGAUGUGGUAGGCACCAAUGCAAGAAUGUAUCUGCGCAAGUGAAUCAAUUUCGAAAUACAGUAAAAAAUCAAUAUUACAUUUAA